CCAUGUCAAAACUUGCUUACCUGGUCCUUGAGGUGGCUGAGUUGGCUAAAUACACUGUUGUGUUACACAUUCACACAACCUAUUAAAACCCUGAUCUACUUCAGUCUGCAAUUUUAAUCUCAACAAACUAGGAUUUUUGAAGAUGUCCAUCACAGUCUAUUACAGCAGUGUGAGUGGCUCCAGAGAGGUGAAGAGACAUCAGGCUGAGAUUUUCCAGUUCCUGGAUGCUAAGAAGAUCAAGUACUGUGUGGUGGACAUAACAGAAAGCACAAACAAGAAAGACGAAAUGCGGAAAAAAGUUGGAAACCCCUCAGCGAUGCCUCCGCAAGUCUUUAAUGGAGACAAAUACUGUGGGGACUAUCAGAAGUUUUUUGAUGCCGUGGAAGAUGAGAAACCAGAGGCAUUCUUCAAACUCUGAACUAUGGCUGAGCACCUUUAAUAAAUGCAUUUGUGUAUGAGAUUGAAGGUUUUAUAUGUCAAGAAACGAAAUAGUUUGCACAAUUAAAUGGAAAAAGAUUUUCUAUCAAGUGUACUUCUGU